AUGCCACGACUUGGACCUGCAUGUCUGACAUGUCGAGAAAAAUGUCGGAAAUGCGACCGAGCUCGUCCCACGUGUCAGCGCUGCAUCUCUAAAGGUCUAGUAUGUGGAGGCUAUCCCGAGCAAUUCAGAUUCUGUGGAAUUGCAAGUCGCGGGAAGUGGAGAGAUGCUCGUGCCCCCGUCCGAAACCGAGGUCAAGAGUGCAUUGAGCUACCCUCUCCAGAGGCUACUCCGGACGAAGAUCCCAGAUCGCCUCACGCAGAUGGAAGCCAAUCUGUGGAGGAGCGCAGGUCUCAGUCAGGACCGGUCGAUGAGAUUACUGCACUUUUGAAUGCCCCUCAGUCAGAGCGAUUACUGUCUCACUACGACUCUUUUAUCUGCCCCCACCAGAUCGCGGAAAUUGGCAGCUCGAGUGACAAUCCCUAUCGCGCGUAUAUUCUUCCAUUGGCGCAGAAGCAAAUCGGACUACUAUAUGCCGUCUUGGGGCUUUCUGCCUCUCAUCUCGGACAGCUGACGAAGGAUCCACAGCUUCACCAAGAUACGGCAGUGGAAUACCGCAUGAGGGCAAUUCGGGCUCUGGGUGAGGAAAUCCGAAAGAGCCAGGAGGAAACCCUGUCGGAGGAUGAACAAGACGCGGUUUUCGCCAUCAUCCAGAUCCUGCUACUUCACGACAUUUGCGAAUCGGGUAUCUCCAGCCACGGCAUCCACAUCACCGGGGCCAUGUCCGUCUGUAAGCGGCUACUGAUCGCGGAGGGUUUGAAUGGCCAACGCAAGCGGGCUGUGUUUUUUCUGGGUAACUUGGCCUGGUUGGAUGUGAUCCGUGCCUUUUCCGGUCCCGAACGACUAUGCUUCCCCCAAGAAAUCCGUGAAAUGGUCGCAUGUGCCAGUAGCCUCAACUUUGAAAUGGUCAAUGGAUGCCCUCGCGAGAUCUUCCUAAUCAUCAGCGGAGUGCUGGAAAAAGCCAAGGAGCAUAGUAUGGGAUGGCUGCCAUGGGAUGAAUACCAGGUUGGCUUGCUGUUGGCAAAACAUAAGCUGUAUUCGUGGGAUCCGAAGGGACGACGCUACCCGACCUCGGACCCUCGGUGGAUCUACGUUGCGGAAGCCUUUCAGCACGCAUGUCUUUUGCGUCUUCUCCGAUUGAUUGACCAUGCAAAACCGGCCCAGAGUGCUGAUAUACAGGAGUGUGUAGCCAAAGUCCUCGACUCCACGGCCAAGAUUCCGCGAGACUCUUCCCUUCUGGAGCUUUUGGUGCUGCCUUUCUUCAUGGCGGGAACAGACUGCCUGCCCGCACACUCCCAGUACUAUGUCCUAUCCCGAUUCGCCGAGAUUGAAAGACGCUCCGAGUUUUGCAACCCAGUACCGGCACACGUGCUGCGACGAGUAUGGGAUGCGCGUGCAUCGCAGGAUGGUAACGACAAUGCGAACAUUGACUGGACUACUUUUACACACUGGCCCGGUCUCACUCGACAGCAUGACUAUCUCAUCAUAUAG